CGACACCGGGCGCAUUGAUUACUUCUGUUGCACAGGAAUUGGUUCUUUAUAUAUGUUAUCUUCAAUGAUUCCAGCCACAGACUCAGAUAAUUCGUUUUAUUUUCCAUUUUCUUUCUGUUUUGGUGCAAUUUUGUCUGGUUAUUCCGCGGUCUGCCGAUGAUCACAGGAGUCUUAUCUCCGCAUAUCCUGUUUGAAGUGGCAGUUCACUGAUCCGUAGAAUUUGCUUGAUUCCUUCCUCAUGACUGUUCAAACACCCUCAUGCGACAGUCUGAGUCCACCAAGCACACCGGGGACGAAGGAUGCUCUGGCCAGCUUGAAUCCGGAACGCCCCCAGGCUCCGGCCGGGAACAUGCUCGAUAAGCCAUCAUUCAGGCUGCCGAAAUGGCGUCGAUAUGUAAUUCUGUUCACCGUCAGCUGGAUGACUUUCGUGAUUACAUUUUUCAGCACAGCCUUUCUCACUGCAAUGCCUGAGAUCGCCGAGGAGUUCUCGACAACCAGCGAGAAGAUAGCCGCCACCAAUUCGGGCGUUCUGAUAGCAAUGGGUUUCUCGUCGCUAUUCUGGAUCCCAAUUGGCAGACUGAUUGGUCGCAGAUGGGCGUACAAUUGCGCUGUCAUGUUUCUUUGUCUCUGCUCGAUCGGUACCGCGUUGUCGAUCAACAUGGCAAUGUUUACCGCAAUGCGUAUCCUGUCCGGUUUCACUGGCACGUACUUUAUGGUUGCCGGCCAGUCUAUCUUGGCUGAUAUCUUCCCUCCUCUUGUCCGAGGCACCGCCGUGGGAUUCUUCAUGGCCGGCUCUGUGAGCGGUCCUGCUAUUGCUCCCUGUAUUGGCGGAGUCAUCGUCACUUUCGCCCACUGGCGAGUCAUCUUCUGGGUACAGCUCGGAAUGGCCGCACUGAGUUUUGUCAUGGCGGUGUUUUUCGUCCCGGAUAUCGAAAAGAUAAACAGCGUCGAAACAUCAGAUUCUGAAAAGAAAGAACCUCCCACGUCGCUAUUAUCGGUUCUUUACGCAAUGAACCCCAUCCGUGUGUUCACUUUCUUCGUGUAUCCGAACAUCUUCUUCGCCGAUUUCACCUGUGGAUUACUCGCCUUCUUCCAAUAUUCCCUGCUCACAUCUGUACGGAGCAUCUUCGGUCCUCGGUUUAAUCUCACAACGGCUCUGAUUAGUGGUCUAUUCUACCUUGCCCCUGGCGCCGGUUUCUUAGUGGGAAGCCUCGUCGGUGGCAGAUUGUCAGAUCGGACCGUAAAGAGAUACAUCAAGAAGCGUAACGGCGUCCGAAUACCACAAGACCGACUGCAUAGCGGUCUACUAUGGGUUCUGACCAUGCUACCUGCCGCAACCCUGAUCUACGGCUGGACCUUACAGGAGGGUGUGGGUGGAAUGCCUGUUCCGAUAAUUAGUGCCUUUUUCGCCGGUUGGGGUCUGAUGGGGACUUUUAAUGGAUUGAAUACUUAUACAGCUGAGGUCCUUCCAGCUCACAAGACUGAAGUCAUCAGCGGGAAAUAUGUGAUUCAGUAUAUCUUCGGCGCGAGUGCGAGUGCGGCCGUCGUUCCUAUGAUUAAUAGUAUCGGUGCAGGAUGGACAUUUACUAUAUGCUCCGCAAUGUUUAUGCUCGGUGGCGCUCUGACAUUUCUUAUUGCGAAGAGAGGUCUCAAUAUGCAGGAGUGGGCGACGAAGAAAGUGUUGAGAAAGUAAUGGAUUAAUGUCAGUGUUGAACCCGCAAAUAAAGCUUUGAAUAGAGGAGGAUUUGGUCUACGACGAUUACGCCCAUAUGACCUGCAUUAUUGAUGGAAGGGGCCGAAUAACAAAGAUUUUUCCUUUUUUCGUGGCAUAAUAGAUAGACAUGCAUAUGCAUCUGGAGUUUUGCGUUAUUUUCUUUGAGUUGACUAUGUAUGUGAAGUCAAGACGAUACGAACAACAUGAGCCAUAGAGAAACACUCAAACGAUGUCUGGUUUUCCUCUGCCCGUCUAAGCAAACAAGUGGGAUAACAUAUUAUUAACGCAUCCGAGCCUUGUCAGUAUCCUGGU